UUGGACUUCACCUGGUGAGGUACAUGUGGUCCAUGCCUCCUAUUCCCACUCAAGAUUCUCUAACUCAGAAGACAACUCUCAGUCGUUGAGACCUGACAGGAUGGAUGCCAGGGAUUUGGCACUAAGAACAAGCUUCUUAUUACUGACUGUAACGGGACUCCUGGGGAAUUUCUCUCUUCUUUACCUUUAUCUCUUCCUUUAUUGCACUGGCUAUAGGUUGAGGACCAUAGAUUUGAUUGUCAAGAAUCUGCUUGUAGGCAACAUCUUGGUUCUGUUCUCUAGUGGAUUCCACAAUACAAUGACAAAUUUUGGGUGGCAUCACCUCAGUGGUGAUUUUGUAUGCAGAUUUUUCCCGUAUGUUCGUGUAGUGGGCAGAGGAGUUUCUACUGGCACCACCUGCCUGUUGAGUGUCUUCCAGGUCAUCACGAUCAGUCCCAUGAACUCCAGGUCAGCAGAGCUUAAAGUGAAGGCUCUCAAGUUGGUUGUCCCUUCAGUUAUCCUGUGCUGGAUCAUGAACAUGUUGAUCAAUGUCAUUUAUCCUGUGUAUAUGAGUGGUAAUUUGAGCAACACAAACAUCACAAACAGAAAAAGUUUUGGACACUGUUCUGCUGUUCGUCAUGAUGAAACUGCAGACUCAUUAUAUGCAGCAUUGAUAUCCUUCCCUGAUGUGUUAUGUUUUGUCCUCAUGGUGUUGGCCAGUGGCUGCACAAUUUUCAUCCUGUACAGGCACAAGAAGAGGGUGCAAAACAUCCUUAAGGUCAACAUCUCCUCCACAUCCUCCCCUGAGAUCAGAGCCACCAAAACCAUCCUUCUCCUGGUGAGCACCUUUAUCUUCUUUAACACCCUUUCCUUCAUCAGUAAUGUCAUUUUGGCUGUUUUUAAUAGUCUUAGUUUGUUUUUCUUGAAAACCUCUGCAAUAAUCAUUGCGUGUUUCCCAACUGUCAGCCCCUUUCUGCUCAUGUUUCGUGACUCCAGGAUGUCCAUGCUGUGCUUCGGCCGGAUAAAGCAUGCAGAAUCCCCUAAGCUUGUGAGAAGGAUGUAAAUUGUACUUAUUUGCACUACAUUUGUUUGGUAAUUCACUCAAUUCACUCAGAGUCCUAAAUAAAAUUAUAAGUUGCUUACUGGACAAUGGUAAACGGAACA